AUGUCAACCAAGACCAAAAUGUCACUGCCUUAUGAAGCGUAUACUGCAGAUAGUGAAUUCAUCUUCAAGUCACGGCAAGACAUUGAUGGACAUCGACGAGAACUAGAACUCAUAUUCGAAGAUCCACCAGAUCUAGCAACGACCAAAGACCUGAUAUUGGACCAUCACCCAUGGAUAUCUCAGUACUGGUCACCUCAACCCGAGUUAUUCGAUCGAGACAUCACAGGCUUGCCACCAUUAGCCGCUGCCAUCAAACUGGGAAACAUCGAAGAAGCGCAACGUCUGAUCAACGCGGGCGCUCGAGCAGAUAUUCAUGGCCCGACAUAUGGAAAUCUCGCACAUUUGGCAGCUGCGCGUUCAGACCAUCAAAUUCACGAGAUAUUUCCGUUACUCAAGCUUGUUAUCGAAGCAGGUGCGGAUCCGAACGCGCCCGGCCCGUAUCCGGAGAAAGAGUCUUUGUUGUGUUUUAUCAUUCGUGAUGUUUUCCUCCCUAACUACCGUCAUGCGAUAUGUCGCUAUCUUGUAGAGGAGGUUGGAGUCGAUGUUAACAUGAGAAGUCAGUCUGGGACGUAUCCCAUUAUCAUCGCUACCGCACUUGCAGAUAGGCUGUUAGUCCACUACCUCAUAGAGAAAGGCGCCGACGUCGAUGUAUCUGAUUUCCAAGGUAAACGGCCUGCUCAUUAUGCAGUUCCCAGCGCUUCGAAUCGCUCCAUGGGAUCUUUGAUCAAAGCGGGCGUUGAUCUACUCGUGCCGGAUUAUUACGGCCGAACACCGUUGCAUUUUGCUGCAAUGAUGUGUGGCUGGGAAUUCAUUGGAAUAUUCAUUGACUUUCUGCCGGAAGGGUAUGAUGUCAAUGUGAGAGACGACGAUGGCUGGACGCCGCUUAUGUGGGCGUGUAAAAACACUCGGUCGGACGCGUUAAAAAUUGAGAUUCUGGUGAAAGUGUACGGAGCGGAUGUUUGGCCUGUUAGCUAUGAUGGGCAAUGGUCUGCGCUGAAGUUAGCCUACUUUGCUCGUAUGGACGCUGAAGCGUUGAAGUGUCUGGAACCGCCCGAGCAUGAAAGAGAACGAAUACUCGAAGACGGAACCACGGAGCUUUGGGAUCCAGAUUUUCAUCAGACAAUACCCGGGGAGCAUCACCACUAUAACAGUUGCAGUAAUUGCCGUGUGGGUCGUUUUAGUGCUGUUCAUCGUGUAUUUUUGCUCAUCAUGGAUUGGGAAACAGUGGACGUUAAGGGCCUUGUCUCUCUCAAGAGCGCGGCUACUCUUGUUGGAAUCUGGGCUAUCUACCGUAUUUUUGUUGCACUGUACAAUAUCUCGCCUCUUCAUCCCCUGUCUCAAUUCCCAGGCCCGAAGAUCGCUGCUGUGAGUUAUGUCUAUGAAGCCUACUAUGACUGGUGGCGAGUAGGCCGAUAUGGAAAGGUCAUUCGCGAGAUGCAUGAACAAUAUGGCCCCAUUGUCAGAAUUAACCCGGAUGAACUUCAUUGCUCGGACCCUUACUUCACCGACGAGAUCUACGCUGGUCCCGGCCGCGUCCGCGACAAAUGGCAGCAUCAACUCAACACAGGCGGCGCAGGCCCCGUCUCAGUAACUGGUUUCUCAACAGUCAGCCACGAAGUCCACCGCAUGCGCAAAGGCGCUCUGUCGAAAUACUUUUCCCGCGCGCAAAUGCUCAAACUCGAGGGUGAAGUACAAGAGUUUGCGCAAAUGACCGUCGAUAAGAUGCUUCGCUCCGCUGGCGGCGAACCUUUCGACAUCAAGGAAGCUUUCAAUUGUUUCACUGCGGAUAUUAUUUCCCAGUAUGCAUUUGGUGAGAGUAUGGGUUUCAUCACACAGGAAGGUUGGGAGCCUAAUCUGGCUACUUGGGUCAAAUCCUUCUUUCAGAGCGCUUAUAUGAUGAGACAUAAUGUCUUUGCGAGAAAGAUGGCGCAGGUCUUGCCAUUUUUGUCUGACUAUCUGGGUGAGGAUAUCAAGGCUGUCAUGAAUCAGAUGAACGUCGUCAUUCCGGGGUAUAUCAAGGCUGCGCUGAAGAAUCCUGAUGGUGGUAGAGUUUUCGCGCAGGUUGUUGAGUCCAAGACUUUGCCUGAGUCGGAGAAGUCAUUGUACAGACUUUCUGGUGAGGGCUUCAACUUUCUUCUUGCCGGUACUGAGACCACUGCUGCUACUCUGACUGUCAUCACAUACUUCCUCCUCGACAAGCCCGAGAUCUACAAGCGCCUCAUGACUGAUCUUCAAGGCAUUGAUCCCGAGAAUCUCAAAUGGACAGACCUCGAGCAGCGUCCCUACCUUUGGGCCGUGAUCCACGAAUCUCUGCGCGUCAUGCCUGGUGUAUCUCACCGCUCUGCCCGAAUCGCUCGUGAAGAGGAUCUUGUAUACCGAAGCAAAGACGGCACCACAGAGUGGGUCAUUCCCCGCGGUACACCUAUUGGUAUGACAUCCAUGAUCAACCACUGGAAUGAGGAGUUAUUCCCCAACCCUGACGAGUUCCUGCCCGAAAGAUGGCUGGAGAACGGAAAGCCAAACUAUAAGCUGCAGAAGUUCUUGAUUUCUUUUGGAAAGGGAAGCCGUGCCUGUAUUGGCGAGAAUCUUGCGUACUGUGAAGUCUACAUCAUGGCAGCUCUACUAGCUUUCCGUGUUAUUCCUCGGGCGCGAUUGUAUGAGACUACUAUUGAGGAUCUGACGUACGAUCAUGACUUGAUUGUGCUCCAGACCAAGAAGGGAGCUAUCUCCGUCCGAAUUGCUAUCUCAUAG